UGACUUAGUAGUUUUUGAGUGGGCGUUUAAGUCACCCUAGGCGACAUCAAUCUAUCGUUAUAACCAAACAUGAUUUUUUUUUUUCUUUUAAACUUACUUUCCUGACAACCAAGCUAACCCCAAAGCUUGUGAUAGAACACGUUUGCCACCUAAUUUGAUAUAAAUAUUCUAAAACAAAGUCCGAAGACUCCAAAGUCCGGACACAAUCGAACCGGUCAGCUCAAUUUCUACCACCCCCUUUGAAAGGGGACCCACAGAAACGAACAUGAGGUCGUCCGAAUACGGAAAGCUAAUCCAAAACGUGUGCGACCGUCCGCUUAAAAUAUUUCCAGCGGACCUCUGCAGCCGCGCGCCGGUCUCCAUUGGAUUCGCGGACUCCGUCCGAAGAUGCAAGAGCCGCCGAAAUCUCUCUCGCGGGAGCUCUCAAAACGUUCGAAAUUCGAAUCCAAACGAUCAAAAAAUUUCCCUUCCCGAUUCAAGUCCUCAUCCACCUCCACACCCAGCUAAAAUUCCUCCCCCCUCCCUCGCCUCCUCUCUCUCUCUCGAUCUUCGUUCAGAUAUCUGGUUUAUUGUAGGAAAUCCCGCUUGUAUUCCUCCGAAAGAUCCGCGAGUUCUGGUAUUUAUAACCCUCCAUCUCUGAAAAGAAUCAAAUUUUUAGCUCAGGAAUUCCAUAUUCUGUUGAUUUGAGCAUAAUCUUGAUGGGAGUUUUAGAUAGCAAUCCCCAAUUUUCUUCUUGUUCCUGAUUCUAUCUCGUUCCUUCCAUCGGUAAUGAAAGGGUAAAUAAGGUGUUGUUUCAGUGAAUUAGUGAGCUCUCUAUCAUCAUUUUUGGUUCUUUUCAUAUUGCACAUUUAAAAAUUUUCAAUUUUAGCUGUAAGUUUGGAUCUUGGAAACCAUCACGAGCUUUUCUCCGGUGGUUUUCAUGCUUUCCCGCAAGCACCGACCUUUCCCAGUUGUAGGAAAACCAACCGAAGGAUUAUGAGGGAGCUCCGGGCCGAAUCCUUUUACUCGCGACUCCAUGAUGCUGCCUCGGCCUCCUCUUCCUUCCCUCUAUUGAUAUUUCCAUCGGCGUCCGAUGCCGACUCCCUCUGCGCCCUCAAGAUCGUCGCCCAUGUCCUCUCGUCCGACUCCAUUCGUUACUCGGUGUACCCUGUCUCCUCCUUCGGUGACAUCGAAAAGCUUGCGGGCCUUAAUCUUCGGUCAUCUCAUCAGCCCAUCUCCCUUCUUCUCAUCAACUGGGGCUGCCACCGCGACCUCCGCCGAAUCUUGAAUCCUGGCCCGGAUGCUCGUGUCUUCGUCAUAGACAGCCACCGGCCCGUCCACCUCCACAACCUCAGCGAGCAGAAUGAUCGCGUAGUUGUUCUCUACACUCGGGAGGAUGAGCACCAGGCUGAUCUUGCGUACGAUUUCGAUGUCUCCGCUCUGGCUAAUGCGUCCGACCUGAACAGCGACGACGUAAUCGAUGAGAAUUCUCCUAGCGAUGAAGACAGUGAUGGUGAGAAUGAAGAGGAGGGAGAUGGAGGGAAUAGGAAACGGCGAAGGGUCUCUCAAGGGUCGGAAGAAGAUCCAGUUAGGCUUUUUGCGAAGCUGAAAGCUGAGUACUACAAGCUGGGUACUUGCCAUGGAAGGCCUUCUGGUUGUUUGAUGUUUGAAUUAGCUCAUUCCCUAAGAAAGAACACCAAUGAGUCACUUUGGCUAGCUUGUGUUUCCCUCACUGAUCAGUUUGUGCAUGAGAGGCUGACAAAUGAGAGGUAUCAAGCAGGGGUAAUGGAGCUCGAGCAGCAUAUAAACAGCUCGGGGAAUCUGGAUGCAAUCAGCUCGGCGACGCUCAAGGAUGGUACAAAGAUCCAGGCACCAGAAAAUUAUCGAAUUGCCUAUGACGAUGAACCAAGGCUUAUGCUAUUGAGGGAGUGGAAUUUGUACGAUUCAAUGCUCUGCUCUUCCUACAUAGCUACCAAGUUGAAGACUUGGAGCGACAAUGGGUUGAAAAAGCUAAAGCUUUUGCUUGCCAGAAUGGGUUUCCCUCUUGUGGACUGCCAGAAGAAAUUUCAGUACAUGAACAUGGAAGCGAAGCAGAAAAUGAAGGAUGAGUUCGAGCGGUUCUUGCCUGAGUAUGGGCUGACAGAGCUCUACUACCGUAGCUUCUUAAGAAUGCAUGGGUAUUGCUCGAGAGUGUCAGCUGCUGAUGUAGUCUAUGGAGUCACGGCAUUGCUUGAAACAUCUGCGGUAGCUAAAGAUUCUUCCACUGCCGAGCGAUUUUGGGUUGCUUACUCUGCUUUGUCCUUGCACAGUAUUGAUCAGCUUAGAAAGGGAAUUCGGAGUGCGAUUGAGAUCCAGAGGGCCAUUCUUAGGCAAGGGAGCUCUGCAAUAACCAAGACUGGGUAUAUCAGAAGUGGCAGAAAAUUUCGCUGGGCGAAGCUUGAAGACCCGGUGGACACCGAGCAGUUGGGUCAUCCUCAGGCUCUUACCAAGUUCUGCUACUUUUUGAUGGAUGCUUUGAAGGAAAGAGGUGCAAAGAUGAAGCCUCUGAUAUGUGCUUGCUUGGCUCAAGACCCCGACAAGGUUCUGAUUGUUGGUGUAUGUGGCAAAUCACGGCUUGGGGCUAGGCAGGGUAACUCAUUUGGAGUUGCUUUUAGAACAGCAGCUGAGGAAACUGGAGCUGAUUAUUUUCUUGAGUUGUUCGAGUCUUCUUGGAUGGUUUUGAAUACUGUGGCUCUCAGUUCUUUUAUGAUAAGAUUGACGGAGAAGCUCUGAUGUAACACGAAUCCAAUUUGUAACAGUUUAGUGAUUUUGAAAGUCUAAUUGGAUAUCCAGUUCUUUUCUAUGUUAUCAUUAAAAUUCAAGUUAUAUUUUUCUA